AGUGGGGUGCGGUUCACAGAUCAGCCCGUCCAACAGUCCACCACCGCUCCUGGCCAGCUCACAACCAACGAGCACCAUAGCGCUGUAGACGCGGAUCUCGCGUUGAAUAACGAGAUCCCCUCCUGGAGCUGGCGGUGCUGCCGCUGGAGGACAGAACAGCUAUCCGCCUCCUCCUAUGUCGGCGCCCCCUACCCAGACGACGUUCUCGUACCCGGCGCCCCCGUCCGCCUCCCAGCCCAAGAACUACCCUCCUCCGCCCCAAGCUGCCCCGACUCCGACUCCGCCACCAAGCACCUCAACCCCUUCGUAUCCGCCUCCUCCACAACAACAGCAGCAGCAGCCCCAACAACGCUACCCACCGCCGCCCCAGGCGUCUCCCUCCCCCGCCCCACAGGGCGCUAUCCCUCAGCACCUGCGGAGCCCGUCGGCUGCGUCACACAGCUCGUCCCAGGCCGCACCACAGUUUGCGCCUCCUCCGACAUACCCACAUGAGGAAGACGACGGAACGUACCCAGCGGAAAAGCAGCAGCAGCAGCAGCAGCAGCAGCCGGGGCCGGCCCCGGUCACUGACCCGGCCGGGGCAGCCGGCAUGUUGAUGGGAGCACCUGCUGCCGGCCACUUCACGGGCGCCAGCGUGAUCGUCGACGACGUGGGCACCUUCAACGGCGGCAGCUACCGGAUCAGCCACCGGGACUGCAACACCAUCCUGACCAUCCAGCUGGCCAUCGGGUGCCCAAUCCACGCCAAACCAGGCGUCCUGAUCGCCAUGUCGCCGUCGAUCGUGCUCAAGGGCGCGUACAAGUUCAGCGUCAAGAAGCUGGUCGCGGGCGGCGAGAUGGGCCGGUCGACCUUCACGGGGCCCGGCGAGCUGGUGCUGGGGCCGCCGAUGCUGGGCGACAUCACGAGCCUGCGGCUGACGGGCCGCGAGACCUGGUCCGUCAGCCACGACGGCUACCUCGCGUCCACGGAGAACGUGGUCAAGGACUACAAGCUCCAGGGCCUCAGCAAGGCCAUGUUCAGCGGCGAGGGCCUGUGGGUGUACAAGAUCACCGGCACCGGCCUCGUGUGGCUGACCAGUUUCGGGGCCAUCAUUCGGAAGGAUCUCGCCGAGGGCGAGAAGUACAUCGUCGACAACGGCCACCUCGUCGCCUGGAACACCAAGUACGUCCUCGAGCGCGUCGCUUCGGGCGGCAUCAUCUCGGGCUUGGCGUCCGCCGAAGGCCUGGUCUGCAAGUUCACCGGCCCGGGCACGGUGUUCAUCCAGACCAGGAACGCGAAGUCGUUCACGGCCUUCAUGUCCGGGCAGCAGGCGACGAUGUGAGCUGGAGAGGGAACAGUCUUUGGCUGGGAGGGCAUGACGAGUGAUGAUGACGGUUGCGAACGGAUCUUUUGCGGGAUCUUUUCGAUAUCGGUGCCUUGUGUCGUAUCG